AUGGUCAUUUUGUGGUGUGGCCAAGGGAUAAACGCGGCCCAAGCAUUGGGCGUGAGUGACAGCAUCCAUUUGGCUGCGGAUGAAGCAGAGCUGCGUCGUUUCGCUAGGGUCCGCUACCACAAUGCAUUUGCACCCGUGGCACUCGCCCAGUCGUUGAAGGUGUCAGGUGUGGUGCAUUUCAUGGGAUGGCAUAACGGCGAGACCGAAGACCUCCGUGUGACCUUAACGCUCGCCCUGGAGCAUGGUGCGUCCAUCAUAUGUCUCGCGAUGCCUGAAGCUCCGGAUUCAAAGCUCUUGAAGAACUUCUCGCCGGAGUUCAACAUUGCUUCAAAACACAUUUGUUGGGAAGCUCUGGGAAGUCCAUGGCUGGCAUCAACCUACAUUUUGCUCUUGGCGAAUGCAAAAUGUACUUCAUCAGAGCUCCAGCCACUUCUUCAAGAAAAAACCCUGGCUGCAAACAAAUGGAAGGUGCCGGGCUUCAAGCCAGAUGGGCCAAGAUCUACAGCUUCUCUCGAACGUGACCCGGUGCCGUCAACCGUCGAAGCCGAGGGCAAUGAGAACGACAGCAAGAAAGGCAAACCCAUGCUGGAGCAAGCCGCGCAGGAGCUGCAACAGUUGCUUGUCACAGGUCAUCAUCAGACGUGGUACUUGGAUGCAGGCAAAAGCUCGAAACGGCGGAAGCCCAGCAUGGUGUGUCCACAGCCAAGCGCCGGGUCAGUCAUCAUCGCACGAUCUCAGGGGGCAAUUUUUCGCUUGGGCAGUGCAGAACACUUGGCCAACUUGGGAUGGACAAAAGAGGUAUCUGUUGUCCUCGUAGAGCCCUUGAAGUUGCAGCAAAGCGUUCUAGCUUGCACACUGCCGAAGGCAGUGGCCGAGAUCAUGCUCGCAUGCGUGAGCUCCAUCAAGUGA